GUCAUUCGCCAACUCCUGGAUUCCCACACAGUCUCUCUAAAGCAAGUUUGUGUCGUGGAUGUGGUCCAUAAUGGGGGUGCCUGGGGGGCUGUUACUGCUCAUAAUUUUGGAGGUUUUUACAGGAAGCACUUCAGGGACACUUGUCUCCAGCUGUGACUCAUGUCAUGAUGAAGCCACCUGCCUGGAGUCACAAGAACGAGGCGACACUUUCACCAGCCAGGCGGUCUCUUGUGUCUGCAAAGAUGGCUUUGUGGGUGAUGGUCUUACCUGUUACGAUACAAAACUCUGCAGUGACUCCUCUUGCUGUAGCCAAGGUUAUCACUGGUCACCAGACAGGGGCUGCGUGGACACUGACGAGUGCUCCCUCCCAGACUCACCCUGCACCCCACCUCAGGUUUGCCAAAACACACCAGGCUCUUUCGAGUGCCUGCAGCCCUCCUCCAGAGCCAGAAUGGGAAACUCUCCCCAAUCUGUCCAGUUUAGCUGUGGAAACACUGUUUGUCCUGUAGGCAUGGACUGCAUCCGUAACAAUGGGACUCAACGCUGCGCUGACCCCUGUGAGCACUACAUUGUACUGGAUGAUGACUGGCGUUCGACAAAUAACACAUCAAAUGAGAUCCUACACUGUGACCGAAAUGUGAACUGGCAAGGCUGGUAUCGCUUCUUCCUGGGGCAAACCAGUGCUCAUAUUCCAGACAGGUGUGUAGGUGAAAACAGGUGUGGAACCCACGCUCCUAUGUGGAUAACACAACCGAAUCCCACGCAGCCAGACGAAAUUGUGACUCGUACUGCUUGUAAUGCAUGGGCCGGCAGCUGCUGCCAUUUUACCUCAACCACCAUCCAUGUGAAGCUCUGCUAUGGAAACUACUACGUCUACAAACUUGCAAAGCCAACUGCAUGCCAUCUUGCAUACUGUGCAGAGGUGAACAGCACCAGCCCUGCAGUUCCACCAACCACACCUGAUCCAUACAUAUCUGCUGAAAGCCAGUCAGUCCCUCUCACUUCAGCAACACCAACAGUGGACAACAGCACAGGAGUUGAAGGGGAGGUCCGCCUGGUCAACGGAGGAAACAGCUCCUGCUCUGGCAGAGUAGAGAUCUUCCACAGUGGACAGUGGGGGACGGUGUGUGAUGAUGGCUGGGACCUAAACGAUGCCAAUGUGGUGUGCAGACAGCUGGGCUGUGGCUCUGCUCGUUCAGCGCUACAAAGUGCAGCUUUUGGACAGGGCAGUGGACCCAUCUGGCUGGACGAUGUCAAUUGUUUUGGAAAUGAACCAUCGAUAACAAACUGCAGACAUCCAGGGUUUGGGGUCCACAACUGUGUUCAUGGUGAAGAUGCCAGCAUUAUCUGUGAAGUUCAACCAGGACCCAACACCACAGCUUUACCACCCUCACCUGGUCCAACACCUCAGGUGACAGCUAAUAGCACUACCACACCAGCAGUGAACAACAGCACAGGAGUUGAGGGGGAGGUCCGCCUGGUCAACGGAGGAAACAGCUCCUGCUCUGGCAGAGUAGAGAUCUUCCACAGUGGACAGUGGGGGACGGUGUGUGAUGAUGCCUGGGACCUGCUUGAUGCUCAGGUGGUGUGCAGACAGCUGGGCUGUGGCAGGGUCCUGUCAGCACCACAAGGUGCACGCUUUGGACAGGGCAGAGGGCCCAUCUGGUUGGAUGAUGUCAUGUGCAGAGGGAGCGAAUCAGAGCUCAGCGAGUGCAGACACAGAGGGUUUGGAUCUCACAACUGUGGUCACAAUGAGGAUGCUGGUGUCGUCUGUGAAGCUCUUUCACCAGUGAGGCUGGUCAACUCUGACAACCGCUGCUCUGGCAGAGUGGAGGUCUACCAUGAUGGACUGUGGGGGACGGUGUGUGAUGAUGGCUGGGACCUAAACGAUGCCAAUGUGGUGUGCAGACAGCUGGGCUGUGGCUCUGCUCGUUCAGCACUACAAAGUGCAGCUUUUGGACAGGGCAGUGGACCCAUCUGGCUGGACGAUGUCAGCUGUUUUGGAAAUGAACCAUCGAUAACAGACUGUAGACAUCCAGGGUUUGGGGUCCACAACUGUGUUCAUGGUGAAGAUGCCAGCAUCAUCUGUGAAGUCCAGCGCCCUCCACCCCCUCAGCUUAUCUGUGGCCGUGAUAAACUCCACGUAGGGCUGGAUAUGCCUGGCUUUACAUCCUCUGGUUUGAACCCAUUCUCUGGCAACCUGGCAGCCCGCAACUGCUCCUGGGUCAGAGUGCGUGAUGAUGUGGUGUGGUAUGAAGUGGAGGCCACAGCAGGUGCCUGUGGAAACACACUGAUGACUAAUGGCACACAUGCCAUCUACUCCAAUAGCUUGUUUAUAUACCCAAUAAACAACAUAUCCUUCGUCCUUCCCAUGAGUAUUCCCUUCUCCUGUGCAUACCCCCUGGACACAGACAGCAGCCUGAAUGUGGCGAUCAGACCAAUCCUGUCGCUGGCAGGUGGCAUUUCAGGCUCAGGUAACAAAGCCAGAGCCGUCAUGUCUCUUUUCCGCAACUCCAACUACACUGAGACUUAUCCAUCCGGCCGGGUCACCCUGCCAGUGGGCUCGCCAUUGUACGUGGGAGUCUCUGUGGAAGAGAGAGAUCCAAGCUUUGUAGUUGUUCUGGAGGACUGCUACGCCACUCACUCAUCAAACCCUGACGACCCCAAGCAGUACCCUCUUAUCCUGAACAAGUGUCCCAUUGACCGCAGGCAGGUGUCAGUGGUUGAGAGCGGCUCGUCCCUCCGGGCUCGUUUCUCUACCCUGUUCUUCCUGCUCCAAAAUGAAUACAGAGACGUUUACCUUCAUUGCAGCCUCAGCCUGUGUGAACAGAGGAGCUCCUCUUGCGUUCCACCUUGCACACGUAGGACUGCUCGCUCUGUCUCUGACUCUGAUCCUCUGAGCACCCUCACCAUUGGACCAAUCAUUUGGGACGAGUCACCAAAGUGAGCUGCUAACAUGCAAUAAUACAAACACAGUAAAAUUUGUGGUAUGAUUCUUUGUUUAAAGAUGUUUUUUAUUCACAAGACAUAAGAUUUUAAAACUGUUGUAACAGUUUGUAAUACAUUUUUAUCACACUUUGUAUCCAUCCUCAGUUCUAUUGCCUUUGUAAUGGUUGUCUUAUUAAAUAACAAUUAAAAAGAAACUCCGGUGGUUAUAAUGAAAUGAAGGUACCAGUACUUUUCUUCUUCUCUGUCUCUAUUAUCAGCACAGCCCUGAUGUGAAUAUAUUGUAUGUAUAUGAAUUUAUAUACAUAUUUUUAUUAAAGAUUUUUUUGCAUUUGUAUGAUGCAGUCUCUCUGUUUCUUGGGCUACGAAUACAUUUCAAAACAAAUUAUUCUUUCAAUUCAGUGACAACUUUUCCAUAUUUUAGCGUUAAGUGUGCAAC